AUGCUUCACUUCGUGCUUGCUGCUUGCUUCGUGCUGGGAUGCGUUGAGAAGGCAACAGCUACCUGCCCACUUCUUCCCUCUACGAUUUCCGCUGCCUCAGCCAUUGGACCGGCCAUCAACUUUGGGUGCACGGCGGGUGCAACAUGCUACUACACUGGCGUCGCUGACAUGUGCUUCCAGACCGCUUCGUGCACUGACACCAAUUCUAACUGUGCCAACUGGGUAACGAACGGCUUCUGCACCUCUACCGGGUACACGCUGGCGCAGAAACAAAGCUACUGCCCAGCGAGCUGCGGACUUUGCGGUGGAGCGACCGUUGGACCGGCGCCUACUUGCUAUAACAACAGCACCAACUGCGCCGGCUGGGCCACAAAGGGUUUCUGCUCGUCAACCUUCUACACCACUGCCUACAAGCAGCAGUACUGCUCGCUGACGUGCGGAUAUUGCACCGUCGGA